CCAGGGCGGGGCGGGGCGGGGCUGCUGGGCCAGGACCCGGCUCGUGCUGCCGCCGCAGAGGCUCAAGUCUCUGAAGGCCUAGCCCCACUCAGCGGAGAUGUGGAAUCCCCUGCGCGAGAACGACUCCGCUGCAGGCCCCGGACGCCGCCCGCGCUUGCUCUGCGCUGGGGCGCUGGUGCUGGCCUCUGGCCUCUUUAUCCUCGGCUUCCUCUUCGGAUGGUAUAUAAAAUCUUCCAACGAAGCUGCAAACAUUGUUCCACAGAAUGGUCUGAAGAAAGCAUUUUUGGAUGAAUUGAAAGCUGAAAACAUCAAAAAGUUCCUAUAUAAUUUUACACGGAUACCGCAUUUAGCAGGAACAGAACAAAACUUUGUGCUUGCAAAGCAAAUUCAAUCCCAGUGGAAAGAAUUUGGCCUGGAUUCUGUUGAGUUAGCCCAUUAUGAUGUCCUGUUGUCCUAUCCAAAUAAGACUCAUCCAAACUACAUCUCAAUAAUUGAUGAAGAUGGAAAUGAGAUUUUCAAUACAUCCUUAUUUGAACCACCUCCUCCUGGAUAUGAAAAUAUUUCAGAUGUUGUGCCACCUUUCAGUGCCUUUUCUCCACAAGGAAUGCCAGAGGGGGAUUUAGUAUAUGUUAACUAUGCACGAACGGAAGACUUCUUUAAACUGGAGAGGGACAUGAAAAUCAAUUGCUCUGGAAAGAUUGUGAUUGCCAGAUAUGGGAAAGUUUUCAGAGGAAAUAAGGUUAAAAACGCCCAGCUGGCAGGGGCCAAAGCUGUCAUUCUUUACUCAGACCCCGCAGACUAUUUUGCUCCUGGUGUACAGUCCUAUCCAGAUGGUUGGAAUCUUCCUGGAGGUGGUGUCCAGCGCGGAAAUAUCUUAAAUCUUAAUGGUGCAGGGGACCCUCUCACCCCUGGAUACCCAGCAAAUGAAUACGCUUAUAGGCAUGAUAUUACAGAAGCUGUUGGUCUUCCAAAUAUUCCUGUUCAUCCAAUUGGAUACUAUGAUGCACAAAGACUCCUUGAACACAUGGGUGGCUCAGCACCACCAGAUAGCAGCUGGAAAGGAGGUCUCAAAGUGCCUUAUAAUGUGGGUCCUGGCUUUACUGGAAACUUCUCUACACAAAAAGUCAAGAUGCACAUCCAUUCCAACAGUGAAGUGACAAGGAUUUACAAUGUGAUUGGUACUCUCAGAGGAGCCAUGGAACCAGACAGAUAUGUCAUUCUUGGAGGUCACCGAGACUCAUGGGUCUUUGGGGGCAUUGACCCUCAGAGUGGAGCAGCUGUUGUUCAUGAAAUUGUGAGGAGCUUUGGAAAACUGAAAAAGGAAGCAUGGAGGCCUAGAAGAACAAUUUUGUUUGCAAGCUGGGAUGCAGAAGAAUUUGGUCUUCUUGGAUCUACUGAGUGGGCAGAGGAGAAUUCCAGACUCCUUCAAGAACGUGGAGUGGCCUAUAUUAAUGCUGAUUCCUCUACAGAAGGUGAAUAUAGUAGUCCUCAUUAAAAAAAAUGAUUG